AUCCAGGCCUUUGCUGUCUCACACCCCCCCCCCCCAUGGGACAGCUGCCAACAUGAGCACCGAUGCCAGCCACCUGCCUGCGGGAUCCCAGGAGGCGAGCGGGGCUCUGUGGACUCCAUCCAGCUGGAUGGCUUCCGACGUCCCUCCCAACGCCAGCACCUCCUUGGCCCAGCCGGAUCAGUGGCAAAGGGCGGAGGAGUGGGGUGGCACUACCGGAGAGAUUGCGGGCACGGUCGCGAUCCAGUGUAUCUACGCCCUGGUGUGCCUGCUGGGGCUUCUCGGCAACUCCCUGGUGAUCUUUGUCAUCCUGCGCUACGCCAAGAUGAAGACGGCCACCAACAUUUACCUGCUCAACCUGGCCAUCGCCGACGAGCUCCUCAUGCUUAGCAUCCCCUUCGUGGCGACCUCGGCUGCGCUGCACCACUGGCCCUUCGGCCGGGCCCUGUGCCGCACCGUGCUGGGCGUGGACGGGCUCAACAUGUUCACCAGCGUCUUCUGCCUGACCGUGCUCAGCCUGGACCGCUACAUCGCUGUGGUGCACCCACUGCGGGCAGCCACCUACCGCCGGCCCAGGGUGGCCAAGAUGGUCAACGGAGGGGUCUGGCUGCUCUCGCUUCUGGUGGCCUCGCCCAUCCCCAUCUUCGCCGGCACAGCGGCCACGCACGACGGCCGAGCGGUGGCCUGCAACCUGCUGUGGCCUAGUCCGGCCUGGUCAGCUGCCUUUGUGGUCUACACGACCUUGCUGGGCUUCCUGCUGCCGGUGCUGGCCAUGGGCUUCUGCUACCUGCUGAUUGUGGGCAAGAUGCGGGCGGUGGCUCAGCGGGUGGGCUGGCAGCAGCGGCGGCGCUCGGAGGGGAAGCUGACCCGGCUGGUGUUGAUCGUGGUGGCCAUGUUUGUGGUGUGCUGGAUGCCCUUUUAUGUGGUUCAGCUGGUGAACCUGCUGCUGCCCGGCCACCUGGAUGCCACGGUGAACAAUGCCUCUCUCAUCCUCAGCUACUCCAACAGCUGCGCCAACCCCAUCCUUUACGGCUUCCUCUCGGAGAACUUCAGGCACUCCUUCCACGGGGUGCUGCGGCGAUGCUGCGACGCCAGCUUCUGCUGCUGCUGCCACCCGGACCUGGGCGCCGCUGAGGAGGAAGAGGAGGAGGAGCCGCUAGAUUACUGUGCCGUCCCCAAGGGGGAGGAGACGAGCAAGGGCUGCAUGUGCCCAUCUUUGCAUUGCCAGCGGGAGCCGGUGCACCCUGAGCCCUGCUGUACUCCUGGCACCCUCCUUGCAAAGACCACCACCUUCUAGAUGGCCUGUGUCUUCCUCCUCUGCCUUCUGAAAGGGUGCCUCCUCCUGGCCCGGCCCCCGCCUUGGCAGGACCAGCAUCUUGCAAUGAGCACCAUUGCCCUGCCGCUGUAUCUCACCCUUCAGAAACAGACGAACGGGGUAAAGAAGCCUGCGUAAGUCCUCGGCGUGAGGGCCAGUUGCUUCUAGGUUGGCUCCUGCCUUUGGGCUGCGACUGGGAUGGGGCUUGUAUGGGUGCUGGGUAAGCUGGGUGAGAGACCUGCACUUGCUUUUUUCUCUUUGGGUGGCUGGGCUUGUGUCUUGAUCGAUUCCUUCUGUAGCCUGAGCAGUCCCUUGCCACUGAGACCAUGGGGACGGUGCUUGGAGUAAGGUGCCACUCAAGGUGGCAAAGGGAAAUGAGGAUUCUCUUAGCCCCUCCCAUCCCAGGCAUUUGCUCACAGAGCAGGAGUUCUCUGUUGGCCUUCUCUGACAUGGGCUGUUUCCUAUGAGGGGAGGGAUAGCUCAGUGGUUUGAGCAUUGGCCUGUUAAACCCAGGGUUGUGAGUUCAAUUCUUGAGGGGGCCAUUUAGGGAUCUGGAGCAAAAAUCUGUCUGUGACAAUACUUGGUCCAGCCUGUGACCUUUCCAGCUCUAUGAGAUAGGUAUAUUAUUAAAUAUAUAUAUAACUGAUUGCCAACAUUACUUUAAAAAAUAUUUUUGAUUUAGUUGGGGACUGGUCCUGCUUUGAACAGGGGGUUGGACUAGAUGACCUCCUGAGGUCCCUUCCAGCCCUGAUAUUCUAUGAUUCUAUGUUUCUAUGAGCCUGGCUCAGCACAAGGGGCUAGGGAUAUGAUACAGGUUAAUGGUCAGCAUUGGGACCACAUCCUGCGCCUGAUGACUUCAGGAGGAGUUUUUCUGCUGAUCUCGCUCAGCCCUUCUAAGGCCAGGCUGGUAAUUAAAAUGCCAGAAAGAGAGCGAGAGAACGUAUCUUCUUUAAUCUUUUGUGACCAGUGUUCGGAAGGGGAUGCGCUAUCCUUAGCAAUUUAUGACUAGAUUUUCAGAAGGGCACAACUCCCAUUAAAAACAAAGGAGGCUGUGGGGUCCUUUUGAAAAUCCACCCAUUAACCUAAUAAAGUGUCUCUAAAGGGAAAACAGUACCCUAGUUUGCAGAAAGUACAAUGAGUGACAGUAACCUAACCCCAAAAUACCGAUUUAAGGUUCAGCCUAGCUCCGAUGCAGUGAAUGAGAAUUUUGCCAUUGACAUGAGCAUAAACAGAAUCCAGACUUUUUAAAUGCUUGAGGUUCUUUUAGAUCCUUAGAAAGAGCAGUAGUGGGUAGGACUGAGCUGUAGUUGUGCCAUGAAUGAUCCGAUCUGUAAUUGUGUCAUGGAAAAAUAAAAAGCCAUCAUGUUGGCCUGUAACACUGUUAUUAUUAUCCCUGAGUAUUACAUUAUGAGGAUGGUUUUGUUUUUUAAACAAACAGCCUUCACAGCAUACAAGAUCUUUAGGCAUAAAAAGUGGAAAGCUACAGUCUAAAAUGUAUCCUGGUGAAUCAGUAAUAAAUCCUAAC